AUGUCUAGACCUGCAUCGGGAGACCAGUGUUUCGAAGUAAAUCAGCUCAUAACCAGACGGGCGAAGUAUUCCGUUCAAAUCCUUAUUACUUCCGUUAAAUUGGGAAGUCCGUUAUAUCAAACUGCAGCCAUGACGUAUUUUCUUCUCGUCUAG